CAUUUAUCAUGUCCCUUUUUACCAUUUGCUAAAAAUCAAUUUAUAGAAAGGGAAUUUAAAGAAAAAAAAAUACAGGAAAAGAAAAAAAAAAGAAUAAAAAUAAUAAUAAUAUGAAGGUUGGAGUAAAAGCAACGGAAGUGAAAAAAAAAAAGAACAGUAUAGUAGAAAAGAAGAAGAAGGCGCGUAGAGGUGGGACCCGAAUAAGGAGAAAUAGACCAAUCAGGAUCCUUCUACACAUACACCAAAUCUAUUUCUUCCUUCUUAUAAACCCCCUGCACUCCCCCCUCCUUUCUUCCCUCACUUCUCAAAUUAAUUAAUAAUAAUAGUAAUACAAUCUCUCUCUCUCUCUCUCAAACUCACACACUCUCUCUCUCUCCUACAAAUCUUCUGAAAUUGGAGUUCACAUUAAAUUUUCUGAAAAAGCCGCUCGCUCUAUUACCUACAUAUAAAAUCUUUACUAUUUGGGAUGGAUUCUUUGAAAAAUUCGUUACUUCUUUUCUCCUCUGAUUUUUAGUUUCUUUCUCUGUAGCAUUUGGGACUUGCUUUUUAUGAAUUCCCAGUGAAUUUUUAGCAUCUGGGUUUUUGAAAUUAGUCCCUUCUUAUUCAUUUUUUCGUUCGAAUUUGUGAUCCAUCCCAAAAAUAGAUUAAUCCCUUCUUGUCCUGUUCUUGAAAUUCUUUUUUUUUUUUUCGAUUUUUUUUCCUCGGAGCGAGCGGCGAAAAUAUUUGAUUCUUGAUUUGUUUGGUGUUGAUGGAUUCAGUUAGAAGCAAAGGAAAAUCGAAGAAGAUGAACCAAAUGAAUUGGCAGAGUGAUGAUAGUGAGAGGCAAGAAAAUUGGAAGCAGCCUGUAUUUUAUGAUCAAGCUUCCAUUAAUUCAAAUAAUAAUACUAAUAAUAGGCCUCUCAAGAAAGUCAGAAGUCCUCAACGCCAACAAGAAAUACCUCCAAUGGCUUUUCCGCCUCCUUAUUCGGGCCUCGUCUUUCCCUUCGCCAUCGACAAUUCAAAUAUCUCAGCACCACCGCUGCCGCCACCGGAAAAUCUACACCACCAGCAGGAAUCGAUUCCGAUCCCGUAUUUUCAGCCACCGCAUCAAACUCAUCAGAUGAUUUCUUUCUCUCCUCAGUACCCGCACCAGAAUUUCUCGUUCCCCUCGUAUUUUGCAGGGGAACAAGCUUCUUUGUCAUCAUCUUCAUCUUCAUCUUCGUCUUCAAAUUCUUUGCAGCUCCAACAGCAGCAAUUACUGCAGUAUUGGAGCGAUGCAUUGAAUUUGAGCCCGAGAGGGAGGAUGAUGAUGAUGAACAGAUUGGGGCAGAACGGUGGGAGGGGGCCCGCCUUGUUUAGGCCCCCGAUUCCGCCCCUUUCGACUACGAGGCUCUACAGAGGAGUGAGGCAAAGACACUGGGGCAAGUGGGUGGCCGAGAUUCGUCUCCCCAAAAACCGGACCCGUCUCUGGCUCGGAACUUUCGACACGGCAGAGGAUGCCGCCAUGGCCUACGACCGCGAGGCCUACAAGUUGAGAGGAGACAAUGCUAGGCUCAAUUUCCCAGAACUCUUCAUUGGUAAAGACAAAGAACCGGUGACAUCGCCACCACCACCACAAGUAGGAACAACGUCUCCCACUGGACCGGUGCUUGAGCUCGAGCCUGAGCCCGAGCCCGCACCGGCCCAAGAGAGCGUUGGCUUGCCGGCCAAGAACCCUGAAGAAAAUUCAGGAUUCUGGUCGGGCGAGACUACAGAAACAGACUAUCAGAUUCAAGCCAAUGCGGAGAACUAUGAUCCAUCUUCGGAAUUGGUUUGGGGUGAUACGGGUGAGGAUUGGUUCGAUUCGAUACCGGCAGGGUGGGGCCCGGGGAGCUCUGUUUGGGAUAAUUUCGAUGCCAAUAAUAAUCUAUCGUUGCCUCCCAAUCUUCCUCCUUUUGGGAGUAUUAAGCAGCAAGAGACUCAACAUGAUUAUCAGUGUCAUAAAGUUUCAUCAACAUCAUCAUCUUUUUCUUCUUCUCCUUCCUCUUUUCCGGCAAGAACCUUCUUUUGGAAGGAUCAAGAUUAACUAACCCCAUUCUCUCUCAACCCAAACUCUUCCUCUGUUUCUCUGUUUUUAGAAUGAGAGCAGCUCUCUCUCUCUCUCUCUCUCUCUCUCUCUCUCUCUCUCUCUCUCUCUCUCUCUCUCUCUCUCUCUCUCUCUCUCUCUCUCUCUCUCUCUCUCAUGGUCUAGUUGCAUUGGCAGUGGCAUCAGGUGCAGAGAAGGCUGCGUAUUUAAGGCCCCUCUGAGUUUCAUUUCAUGUAAUUUAGUUUCAUAUGAUCACUAUGUACGUAGUAUGUAUGCAUUAGGAGUUUGAUCAUCAGCACAGAGGGAGACGGUUUUUGUGUUCUCCUUGUUGAUAUAUCCAACCCUAGUAGAUCUGUGUUUUUUUCUGAUCUACAUUAAGGAUGGAAUUUCUAUUUUUGUACAUUUUCGCGUCUGUUAUAUUUGGAAUGCCACUUUGUUAUGUUUUGGUUUUUA